AUGGAUUUUUUCACAUCAACAAAUGAAAAUAAUAAUAAUGGGUCUGACGAUUUUGAGAACUUUUUAGAUACACAAUCAUUUGAUCCUAAUUCAAAUGAAAACAAUCUCAAUAUAGAUUUUAAUGGCAACAAUAACAAUAAGUUCUCUGGCGGAAAUGGGUUGAUGCCUAAUAUGUCUCCUUCAAUGGGUGCUGGUUCACCAUUUGAUCCUCCUACUUCAACUAAUAUGAAUUUAAAUCCAAGUGGUAGUCUGUCACCGCAAGCUAUAUUAGCAAGAAAUUCAAUUAUCGACCCAAAUCAGUUACCCAUUUCAUCGCAACAACAAAUAUACUCUCCUAUGAGUAAUAAUAUGAUAUCAACAAACGGAUUGGUUUCGACUUCUGCAGCUGCAACACCCCAACAAUUACUAUCGUUAAAUGACAAUGUUAGUGCUAAUGCCAAUGCUAAUAUGUCCCAAUCACCUUUAAAUACUGGGUUUAAUGAUCCCAUGACUAAAUCAAAUGAUAAUGGAAAUAUUACCACAAAUGAUAUCAAUUUUAACAAUACAGCUGAAAAUGGCAAUAUGAAUUUAGGUAUGAUGCAGAACAAUAAUGACAAUAAUAGUAAUAUCCAAACAAAUAAUAUCUCCAAUAACCAAUACAACGACCGUACAGCCAUGAUGGCAGCUAUUCAAGCCCAGAGGCAGCAGCAACAACAACAACAACAACAACAACAACAACAACAACAACAACAACAGCCUAACUCUGGUUCCCCAUUUUCUGGCCAAUAUGAUCAAAUGCAAAUACUACAAAUGAAGAAAAGGCAACAAGAGAGAUUUUUUGCUCUGCAACAAAAAAUGUUACAGCAACAACGGCAAAAUCAAGAAUCACGUUUGCAGCAACCUCCAGCUUCCCUAGAAUCCCCAUCAUUAAAUGGAAGCCCAAGUCUUACUUCACAACAAUUGAUACAACAGCAGCAACAACAACAGCAAGUGCCUAGAUCAACCAAUGAACCACAGAAUUUCCCAUCAAAAAUUCAAAAUAUCCGACAACAAUUACAACAAGCUCAUCGGUUGCAACAGCAACAACAACAAACACAGGCACAAACGAAUCAACAAUUUGCUUCUGGACAGUUUAAUCCACAACUCCAGCAGCAGCAGCAACAGCAGCAACAGCUUCAACAACAACAACAGCAACGAUUACAACUUCAACAGCAACAACAGAGAGCGUUACUGCAAAACCUAGAUCCUGUAUUACAACAAAGAAUUUCAACAGAAUUAAGCAAUAAACAAUAUGAAUUAUUCAUGAAAUCUUUACUUGAAAAUUGUAAAAGAAGAAAUAUGCCUAUACAAGCAAUUCCGGAAAUAAAUGGGAAAAGAGUAAAUUUAUUUUUUCUGUAUUUGUUAGUCCAAAGAUUUGGUGGUGGUGAACAAAUAACAAGAAAUCAACAGUGGCCAGCAAUUACAUCCAAACUGCAACUUGGUGAUGCCCAACAAUUAGAAUUAAUUUACUACAAAUAUUUAUUACCUUAUGAACAAUAUUUGAUCUCGAAAGGCGGUAUGAAAGAGACUCAGGCUAAAAGAAUAUUUAUCCAACAGUUUUUGCAAGAAUUGUUAAGAAAAGUUGGCCAACAACAACAACAACAACAACAACAGCUGCUGCGACAACAACCGCAACCGCAACCGCAACCGCAACCGCAAUUCCCACCGGCUACAUCACCCAUUCAACCUAAUACUAUGACAAAUAAUAUGGCUCCUCAGGAACCACAGCAACAACCUUAUGAUGUUAAUAAUAUCCAAGGUAUUGCUACUCCAAUACCACAAGCAAGUAGACCAACCUCCAAAAAAGUCACCAAGAAACCAAGAAAACCAGCUCAGAAGAAGAAAACAAAGAAAGAAUUAGAGCUAGAACGUAAAGAAAAAGCUGAUCAAGAAAAACAGCAGAAAAAACAACUUGAAGAAAAACAACGACUACAAUAUUCAUUAUUGGAAAAAAAAUUCAAAGAAGAAUACAAGGCUAAACUUGCUAAAUUGCCUAAAAAGUAUAAAAGAACAUUAAUAAGGAACUAUGAACCGGCAAGUAAAAUAAUUGAACAUUUUAAUGGGUAUGAUAUUAAUUAUAUUUCCCAAAUAGGUGAAAAAAUUGAGUCAAAUAAGCCCAUUUUUCUUUUCGCUCCAGAAUUAGGUACGAUACGAGUAGAAGCUUUAAAUCUAUCGUUACAAUCAAAUAAUUUAAGUGAGGUUAAUACCGCGUUGAACACAUUACUUGUAGUAAGUGCAGAUUCUCUUCUGCAAAUCUCGUUAGAUCAAUAUCCUGAAUUACUUAAUUCAAUAUGUUUAUUGGGCAUAAAUUUAAUGUAUGAUUUAGGAUCCAUUAGGGAUGGGAAAGAUGCAAAAGAAAUACGUAAAAAGACAACUUUUACAGAUAACUACCUUGAUGAAUAUGAUGUUAAAUCAUUUAUAAGUUCAAAGACAAGCUCGUAUUCAAGAAACAACCAACGAGUAGAUGAAAUAUUCGAACAAUAUUUAAAACAGCUUCAGGAUAAUGAUAAGGAGGAAGAUAAGAAUCAAUCAGAGAUAGAAAAGGUAUUUAAAAUCAAAGUUGAUUCAUUAACAGGGCAGGAUCUAGAACAAAUCCCCGUCAUGCCGACUCCAGCACACACCCCUGUUCAAGACGGAACACAACCUAAGAAACCUUGGGAAAACGUAAGUAUUACCGAAAAUCAUGAUGGGAAUGAUAUAGAAAUUGUAGAUGAAACAAAACAAUCAAAGAAGAGCACACUAGUAAAAUUAGUCCCAACGUCACCAAAAUAUCGUGGAAAUAAGCCACAUAACCUGAAUGUACCAUCAUAUUUAACGUCAUUAAGAAACGUGAGGGAUGAAUUGGAUACAAUUUUUACAAAAGCUACAACAAGAGGUGCAGAAAAUAUAAGAGUUCUAAUUAAUGAUCAGUUAUCCAUGAUUUCUAUGAUUUUAAGAAAUUUAUCAUUCUCAGAAUCGAACUCUAAAUUACUAGCGAAAAAUCAAUUCUUAAAAAGAUAUAUAUCGGAUAUGUUGUGGAUAGUAUUUUCUGAACCCGAACUUUUCUUAUUUCAUAGGAAAUGUUUAAACUUCAAGAAAGAUAUACUCAUAAUUUUUACCAACAUUGCUCACUUGUUUGAACUAGAUUCGCCAAUUGAUUCCUUCUUAUUUUUAAUGUUAAUGUUUAGCUUUGGUGAACCCAAAAAGCUGAGAAAGAAUGACAUAUCGUCAGAUCAAUUAUCUUAUUCAGAAUAUUCAUUGAAUUGGGGUAGAUAUAACUCAUUUGGUGUUGAUAUCUUGGCCAAAUUCUUAUCAUUGAACAAACCAAAUCGUUUGUUUUUUAAAGCUAUUUUACUAGACGAAUUUGAUACCAAUGAAUUUGGGAAAUACCACAGAGAUACCCAGAUUGUUAAGUCAUUAAUAAAUAAUUAUAAUAGCGGCGAUGAGUUUAAACUUCGCAACGAUUUAUUCUCCUUCUUAUUCUCAGUUAUACCGUUCCAACAAUUGAACUCAAAUCCAACGAUAUUUGAAGCAGAACUUCCCACGAUUUCUCAGACCUUGCUUUCCUUAUUAGAGGUACUGAGGUUUGAUGACGAGUCAUCAAAUUCAAUGAAGAAGAAUUUACCACUUAUAUGGCUAAAGUCAAAUGAAAAUAUCGGUCUGCAUUUGAGAAGGUUAAGUGAUUUCAUUAACACCGUUUCUCUCAACGCGCAAGAAUUUAAUCUGCUUCAUCUACAGGAGUUUUUACCAAUGUUGAGUGCAAGAUGCAUAGAACUGUUACGAACAUUGAUUGAGAGAAGUAUUCAACUAUCACAAAGCAAUACAUCUUUAAAUGAGAACAUAAACAAUGAAUUGCUCACAAUUAAUAAUUUACUGCCUAAAGAGUCGGACUUCUUCAUGAUAGUGUCCAAUCCAUUGAUAGACGAGCGUUUAGUUAAACAAACAAGGAUACUCUACCAUUUAACUAAAAGGAUUUUAUCUAAAUGCACCACUGUCUAG